AAAAAAUGUCUCUGGGCUAAAACAGUCAAAAAAGUACUUCAGCUCUAAAUAGUCGAGCUUGGUCCUACUACUGAAAAUGAGAAAAAAAUUGUUAGUUUUGUUCUGCGUGGUCGUGAUCGCGAGGGGUGAAACUCGCCCCGAUGACGUAGGAACCUUGGAGAUCCAGAUGGUCCACAAGAUGGACGAACUCAAAAAGUUACACAGUAUUAAGUUGUUCGGGGACAUUGUGACGCUGGAUAAGCUGGAUGACCAAGAAAGUGAAGGUGUUCAUGAACGAUCGAAGAGGAUCGACGAUCCUUUGGUCGCGAGGGUUGACGAGUUUUUCAACACUAGGAAGAUUAAAAUUGCGCUGCCUAGUGAUGGUUCCGCGGCAGAUUUAUUUGGCAGGGCAUUGGGAAAAAAGAGUAUUGACAUUGAAUUGAGGAAAUUCACUACCGAUGCUUCGGAAGCCCGAACAAAACUAAAGAGAAUGAUGUUACCCGUAUUACUCGCCCUGAAGCUCAAGGCCCUGAUAGUCUUGCCAAUAGUGAUAACUUUGAUCGGUCUUGUGGGUAUUAAAGGGCUCGGUGUGGGCCUAGCAGCUCUUCUUCUCUCUGGCGCAGUGGCCCUCAAGGCCCUUUUAACGCCCCCACCAUCUUACCCGGCCCGCGUCAGCUACGGAAUCGUCAAGCCUGAAGUCUACCACGAACACUGGCACCGAUCUCAGGAGGAAGUCAACCAACCCUACAGGGGAUGGGCGCCCGAGUUGCCGCUCGAGCCCUACCCUUACCAUGAGCUACCUUGAAGUCUUUAUUGUAAAUUUUAAGUUUU